AUGCCUACGGGUGGAAAAGGUAUCGCACCCGUUACUUUACCGGUUAAUCAGGUUCUUCAGCUGGAACGUGUUUAUGUCUACUUCGCCUCGGUCGUUGAGGCCGCUGUUGUGCGUCUGCUUAGCCGAGAGUGGGCGAAAUUGUUGGCUCUCAGCUCCUCUUCGGGCCUCGGAGACGAGGCUAGGAGGGGAGUCCUGUGCCAGAGGGUUGUGGGUCUCGUGGGCAACUCGUGA